UCAGCUGCCGGCGCUGUAUGUCAUCGCGCGUUUCUCGUGCCGAAGCUUCGUCGAGCGGUCCACGUGCUCUUCCGCGACAUCCACGGUAACCGCGCGUCUACCGACCCCUACGCACGUUACGUUCUUAGUGUCACGGGACUCGCGCAACCUGACAGCCGGAACACUCGGCCACUUUCCGCACCCAGUGGCAGUCUGGAUAUUCCCGUUCGUGAAGAUGACGCCGCGGCCGAUCGCAUAGAUCGUCUGACCACGGGCCAUGCUGCUGUUUUGCCAGCGUACCGACCACUACGUGGUCAUCUUCCUGUUCCAGAUACUGACCGUCAUCUGCGCAGUAUUGACGGACGACCCAAAUUUCGCUGAGCCUAUACCUAAUGUAACGGUAUCACUAGGGAGAGAUGCAUCCCUUCCAUGUGUAGUCAACAAUCUUGGCACGUACAAGGUAGCAUGGAUUCAUAUCGAUCGACAAAUGAUUUUGACUAUUCAUCGGCACGUAAUAGCUAGAAUACCACGGUUCGGGAUUACACACGAUAGCCAAAAAACAUGGUUGUUGCACGUCAAAGGUGCGCAACCUGAAGACAGAGGCUAUUAUAUGUGCCAAGUUAACACGAACCCCAUGAUUAGUCAAGUUGGAUACCUACAAGUGGUUGUACCACCAAAUAUCAUCGAUGAAGAAAGUUCUACAUCGUCCGUUUCGAUCAGAGAAAAUCAAAAUUUAUCGUUGACUUGUAAGGCAGAAGGAUCUCCAACGCCAAAAAUAAGUUGGAAAAGAGAAGAUGGAAAUCACAUAGCAACGGAUCGAAAAAAAAAAGCCGUGGAGAAACUUUAUGGUGACACGUUGAAUUUGACGAGAGUCAACAGAGCGGAUAUGGGCGCGUAUCUGUGUAUCGCCAGCAACGGAGUACCCCCGUCAGUUAGCAAACGCAUUAUACUCGACGUUGAAUUUUCGCCGAUGAUUUGGGUGCCGAAUCAAUUGGUCGGUGCUCCGUCCGGCACGGACGUGACGAUCGACUGCCAGACCGAGGCGCACCCGAAGUCGAUAAACUAUUGGUCGUUUCGCGACGCGAAAACAAUGCUGUUCCCCAACAAGAAGUACGUGACGUCGGACACGGAGAACAGUUACCGCAUCCAUAUGCGGCUCACCAUCAGGGACCUGGGGCAGUCGGAUUUCGGCAACUACAAGUGCAUAUCCAAGAACUCGCUGGGCGAGACCGAGGGCUCCAUCCGACUUUACGAGAUACCAAAACCUUCUUUAGCCCCAAAAAGUGCAUCGGAACUCAAUCGGCCGAAUAAAGACGGCAAUUUGGGUCCCAGCAGUUACAGUCGGUCCCAGAUCGUAAUAACCGUAUUCGGUGUGGUCAUGUGUUUCACGUCCUCGCAUCACAUACCAUCAUGAACGGCUCAACAUCCUUAUAUCAUAUUAUUAUAGCUAAUUUUUUUUUUUGUUUUGUUGUAAAAAUUUGAAUACAAUACUAUUAUUAUUAAUAUUAUUAUAAUAUCCAAACGCAGGUUAAGUAUGUUACAAAAACUCAAAAAAAAAUAGG